UCAAUAUGUUUGCUCAAAGUGUUUGUGAAACAUAUACCGUACUUAUAACGGGUUUUUCAAUAAGAGCGCUACAAAAGACGCUGAACACAAUUUUCGACGGUUUUCAAGCAUAAGUCGGCCGAUACUGUUGCAAUUUCACGUUCGCUUUCGUACGAAGUUCAUCAAUCGUCGCUGGCUUGCUGUACACUCUUAGAAAAGAUUGUACCUGCUCGAUUAAGUUCUGCAGCUCGAACUAUUUUCUCCAGCAGCAGGUUGAAGAAGUCGCACGAUUGGGAGUCGCCUUGUCUGAAACCUCGCUUGACAAGCAAUAAAUAACGGAACGAAAUGUCACAAAAGCGCUCUGUUUCAUUGAAAAAUCCUAACUUAGAUGAAAUGUCUUCCGACUUCCUAUACCAUUUAGCGGUAAAUGUACCGGAUACUAAGAACACAGCUGAUAUUAAAAAGCAAUACGGGCAUAUUAAGGUGGUGUGUUUGGGCGGCAAGGACUCGCGUAUGCUAGAAUUGGCGAAAUAUAUACACUUUAAUGUGUACGAUGGCAAUUCGGGUAGUGAUUAUGAAAGGAAUUUAUUCGAGGAGGGCCACAGAUAUGCUGGCUUUAUGGUUGGCUGCGUGUUAUGUGUAAGCCAUGGUGUUGGCAGCUCCACGAUGAGUGUGGUAUUGCAUGAAUUAAUUAAAUUGGUUCGUUAUGCCGAAUGUGUGGACCCGCUUUUCAUACGCAUUGGCACUAGUGGCGGACUUGGGAUUAAACCGGGUACAGUUGUGGUCGCUAAUAAGGGCUACAAUGGUUUACUGCGCAGUGAAUAUGAAAUUGCUAUUUUAGGAGAACGCGUCGCACGAUCUGCUCAAUUCGACGAGAGAUUACGUAAAGACUUGAUUGCUUGCACGGAAGUAGCAGAUGCCGAGGAGCAGAAUGCCUGGGAUAUUAUCGAAGGCAAUACAAUGGGCACAGACUGCUUCUACGAAGGGCAAGGUCGACUCGACGGCGCUUCUUGCACGAAGGCAAAUGGCGAGCCGUACACCGUAGAUGACAAGCUAAACUUCCUCAAAUGCUGUCACGAUGAAUGUGGCAUAAGAAACAUCGAAAUGGAGGCGCCAAUGUUUGCGGCGCUGACCUUGCACUGUGGCAUACGUGCGGCGGACGUGUGCGUAACGCUUUUGAAUCGGCUAGAGGGCGAUCAGGUGAAGAGUACGAAGGCGCAGUUAAAGGAUUUCGAAGAGCGUCCCUUUAAGCUUGUGUCGCGCUUCAUAAGACGUUACAUAAUAAACUCCCCAUGAACGUGGCAAUAAAAUAUAUAUUUGUAUUUAAAGCGAGUAUUUAUGUAAAAAUAAUUAUUAACUCUAAUAGAUAGUUUCAAAGAUUAUUUUUUAUAAAUUGA